AUGGCUUCCCGUCUCAAGUUUCGACAAAAGCUCGAAGGCACACGGGUGCUGAUCAUCGGUGGCAGCUCGGGGUUUGGAUUCGGUGUCGCUGAAGGGUGUAUGGAAUGGGGAGUUGCCCAUCUCAGCAUUGCAUCUUCUUCCGAGAAAAGAGUGACGGAAGCCAUCUCUCGACUCCGGCAGUCUUACCCCGAUGCCACCACCGAGAUCAAAGGUCACGCCUGCGACCUAAGCAACGAGUCUACAAUCGACGCUAAUAUCAAAACCCUGUUUGCCGCAAUCGGCACCCUCGACCAUCUUGUUUUUACUGCUGGCGAUGCACCACCUACAAGAGACAACUCCGAUCUUGAUAUGCAAUUCAUCAAAAACGCAGGAAUGGUGCGGUUCUUCGCACCAUUGUUGGUCGCGGCUUAUGGACGCGAAAGUAUUGCUACCAGACCCGAGAGCUCCAUUACUCUCACUACAGGUGUAUCAGGUGAAAGACCUAUUCCAGGAUGGCCAGUGGCAUGCUCCUAUUUGGCUGGCCUUCAUGGGAUGACUCGCAGUCUCGCUCUCGAUCUGAAACCCAUUCGAGUGAAUUUGGUCAGUCCUGGAGCCGCGAACACGGAGAUGUGGGAUGUUCUAGACGAUGCAACUCGGUCUGAAACGAUGGAAUCUUUGGCUCGGGCUACUACUACAGGUAGAGUGGGUGCGGUUGAAGAUAUCGCCGAAGCGUAUCUGUAUUCCAUGCGAGAUGCCAAUCUGUCUGGAGCCAUUAUUAGCACAAACGGUGGAAGAUGUGCCUCAAAUUGGUAUCUCGAAAUCCAGGGCAAAGCUGAGAUUGACAACUACAUCGAGGGUGCCCUUCCAGAGCUCGCUGCGAAGACCACGUUCUUUUUUAUGGGUAUCGUUUUAUGCUGA